CAUGAAAUGACCUCAAAAUACUACCUGAGAUUGCACAAUCCUGAAAGCCCGCCCAGCUCAACCAACUUCUUAAAUUGUACCUAACUUCCUAAAAGUGAAAGUAGACUUUCUCCAACUCAUCAGUCUCAGCAAGCUUAAUGUGUUGCAUCUUGUGGUAUCACAAACUGACAGCUAUUGAAGUCCAGGGAAACCCACAGAUACCAAGACCUCACAGAUCAAUGGGUCUCUUAAACAAUAUCAAGUUUUUUGUACUGUGUCAUGGGAUGUUACAGCUUGCUCAGCUCCUGGUGUCUGGCUAUCUGAAAGGCUCCAUAACCACCAUUGAGAAAAGAUAUGGAUUUUCAAGUCAGAAAUCAGGACUGCUAGCAGCCUUUAAUGAGGUGGGGAACAUAAUUCUUAUUGUGUUUGUGAGUUUCUUUGGGAGCCGAGUGCAUCGACCGAGAUGUAUCGGAAUCGGAGCGAUGAUUGCAAGUGUGGGGGUGUUCCUUAUAGCCCUACCUCACUUCAUUAGUGAGAAGUACAUGUAUACAGACUUCAAUAGCAACACCAAAGACAAUAGCUCAGGUCUUUGCCAAUCACUGAACCCUGAGGAAGAAUUUAAUCAGACGUGUGAUCAAGAAAAAAAUGAUUCUCACCUCGGAGUAUAUCCAGUACUUCUACUGGGCCAGUUACUGCUGGGCAUUGGCGGUGUCCCCAUACAACCUUUUGGGAUUUCCUACAUAGAUGAUUAUGCAGAAAAAAGGAAUUCUCCCUUCUACCUAGGCAUACUUUUCGCAAUUACAGUAAUUGGGCCUGCAUUUGGCUUCAUGAUGUCAUCUGCCCUGCUUCGUUUCUAUGUUGACAUUGACAAGGUGUCUUCAGAAUAUAAAGAUUUGAACAAUGAGGACCCCAGAUGGGUUGGAGCUUGGUGGUUGGGAUUCCUUAUGGCUGCCACCCUCCUUCUCCUGACUUCUUUGCCAUACCUGUUUUUUCCUAGGAAGAUGUCUAGAGAGGAAAUCAUAGAGGCCCUUGCGGAACCAUCUAUAGAAAAAAUCAUAGAGGACAAGGAGCCCAAAACUGACAUGAUGGAAGAGGUGUCUCUCACGGAGUUCCUAAAAAGUUUCCCCAAAAUUGUAAUGAGGACUCUGAGGAACCCAACUUAUUUGUUGGUAGUGUUGGCUCAGGUGAAUCUUGCUGCCAUGGUUGCGGGACUGGCCACUUUUAUGGGCAAAUUCAUUGAGAAGCAGUUUGCACAGACUGCCUCCUUUUCUAAUUUGAUGAUGGGUGGCCUAAAUGUUCCUUCAGCCAUGUUAGGUAUAAUGGCUGGAGGGGUUAUACUACGCAAGUUGGGACUCACUGUCAGGUCCUCAGCAGCGAUGUGUACGGUGGCGGUUUUCAUUAGUAUUAUGUUUGCAAUUCCACUUCUCUUCAUUGGCUGCCCUACUCAAAGUGUUUCUGGCAUCAACUAUAAUAUAUCCUCUCACCAGUGUAGCAAUGCAUGUUCUUGUUCUGAUGAAGCAUUCAACCCUGUGUGUGGCUCUGAUGGAGUGGAGUUCCGUUCUCCCUGUCAUGCAGGAUGUAAGACAAAAAUACCCAAUAAAGAGAAAGUUUUGAACUACAAAGAUUGUGAAUGUGUGGCAUCAACUGGUUCCCCAGGCUUUGCGUUACCAGGACCAUGUGGAAAUGGCUGUAAUAAUCGGCUCAUUCCCUUUAUGAUCCUGUCCUCCAUUACAUGCUUUGUGGCUUCACUUUCCCACACUACAUCUUUUAUGAUGAUCCUCAGGACUGUGACUCCAGAAGACAAAUCUUUUGCCUUGGGAAUUCAGUUCAUGCUGUUUCGAGUGCUCGCUUUCCUUCCAGCUCCAGUGCUCUAUGGCCGUGCCAUUGAUACAGCAUGCGUUCUGUGGGGAAAGAAAUGCAAUAAGAUAACUUCAUGUCGCUACUACGAUUUAGACCUUUUCAGACACAGAUUCCUGGGACUCCAGAUAUUCUUUAUAUUUGGUGGUUUCGUCUGUUUUUUCCUGUCUUUUAUGGUGCUUAGAAGAACAAAUUCAACCCAGGAACAGAAUGAGAAGAUGAACAAUCAAGAAAUGAAAGAGGCCAAACAGAUGAUAAGCAGUUCAAAUGGACACUGAAAUACACAAAUGAUCCUUAGAGAGUAACUACUCAAAUAGGCCAAGUUUGACACAGGAUGAAACUAGGCUGUGAACACACUUAUUGCAACAAACAGUUUCCAUCAGUCAGACAAAAUAAAUAAUUCCACUUUAAAAUACAUGUUAUUGUUUAUGUAUUAUCUCUGCCAGUAAGCCUGAAAUAUUUUAUUUUCUUCUCAUUGGAGUUAAUAUAUUUUUGUCUGUGAGCACUCAGUUAUACUUUACACAUGUCUAUAUGCUACAAAUGUGAAAAUGUGAGUAGUGUUAUUUGAACUCACUAUUUAGUGUAGACAAGGAGCAAAGUAUGUUGAUAUAAACUGACCCUCUGUUUUGGUGUGACUUCUGUGGUGUCUUUUUUAACUGUGAUGUGUUUAUGACUAGUCUGUUGGUAAUUUUGGAAUGCACACUAACAUAUUUUGCUUUUGUUGCAGUUUAUGUAACAUGUUAGAUAUAUUAAUAUUUUAUAGUGUAUGAAAGAUCUAUUCAUAUUGGUGCAUCUGAAGCUUUUUUAUAUGAUUUGUAUUGCACUGGUGUAUUGUACAUUUAUGGAUAAUCAAUCACAUGAAUAUAUGUGGCAUUUACCUUCACAUAAGUAUCUACAUUUAUCUAUGUUUUGUUGAAACAAAAUAAAAAAUGUCAUAUUUCAUAAA